AUGCCAAGAAACAUACUGGACGAAAAGUUUAAGUUAGCAAGGAAUACCUUGCUCCAAUUUAUUGAGCAGGAUAUCACAAAAGAAAAUACAACAGAUGAGGGUACAGCUAAAUGGAAAUCAAUAGAAGAGAAUACAAAGUCAAGAAAUUUUAAGGGUGAAGUAAUCGUAUACGAAAUGCCCAGUUCUGCUCAUACAUACGUAGCUGGAUAUUUGAUUGUUUUGAUAGGAGCUUGGAGCAACUAUCUUGAUGUUGGUCCGGAACUAGAUAUAACUGUUAAUCGUAACACUCAGUAUAUUUCUGACGUCGUAGUUGAACCUUGGCCACCUCGGCAACCUGGACAACAACCUGCAUCUAGAAGCGUAUCGCGGCCAAGAAUGAUUAUAGAAGUGGGAAGACAUGAGCCUAUUGGAAGCUUGCAUUCUUUGUCGAAAGACUAUUUUUCCGAUUCUGCACAAACCAGAUUAAUUCAAUUUUAUUUAUCAAUUAAAAUAUUUGAUCUUCGGUCAGAUAAUACCGCUGCGAUGCUUGCGAUGCUUUAUUUGCGUAAUAACCAGAUUCCUACAACUAUUCCUACACAAAACCUACCAAACGUACGCAUGACAACAAUGCAAAACACAAUACCAAACCUCGUAAUUUCGUUCGGAACAGCACCUCUUCAACAUGAAUCAAUAGAUAUCAUUAAUAGUACCGGAAUACGAAGUUAUAGAAUCACUGGCUUCCUUCAUCCUAAUGAUACUGCUUGUACGAAUCCCGGAAUGCUGAAUUACCAGAUUAAUAUACCAUCAAAUUUACUUUUCAAUAGUUUUCCUGGAGGUGUGCUUCAGGGAACACCAAAUAAUUCAACAUAG